AGUUGUGUUCAUCACCUCCAUCCUCAUCCUCUUCCUCUUCCUCAUCUUUCAUCUCUCUUUCUUUUUUUCCUCUCUUCUCAUUCUCUUCUGUCUGACACCACAAGUAGUGGCCUUCUUCUCCUUCUUCCUUGUCACAAUUCGCCUAUACAUCUCCUCUCUUCAAAUCGGAUCGGUCGUAUCACUUCUGCAUAGGAAUAGCUGCUGCCAUAGGCCAUAGUCAUACCUCCUCAUCCCCUCUCAUAACCAUGAAAGAAGCAAAAGAAGCAAAAGUCGAUCGAUCUGAGCAAAGGCUCCGAGAACUGGGUUACAAGCAAGAGCUGAAGCGUGAGCUUACCUCGUUCACCAACUUCUCCGUCUCGUUCUCUGUUGUCUCUAUCCUCACAGGAUUGACAUCCCUCUAUGGCACGGCUCUGAACUCUGGAGGACCUGUUGUCAUCAUUUGGGGUUGGGUAUUUGUGUCUGCGAUGUCCAUGUGUGUCGCUGCUGCCAUGGCUGAGAUUUGUUCGUCCUAUCCCACUAGUGGUGGAUUGUAUUACUGGAGUAGCAAACUGGCUGGUCACCGCGGUCCCUUCUACGCAUGGAUCACAGGCUGGUGGAACUUGCUUGGUCAAUUUGGAUGCACUGCCGGAAUCGACUUUGGACUCGCACUUUUGCUCUGCUCGGUUAUUUCGCUCGGUAACGGAUGGGUCUAUGAGCGUUGGGAGGUUGUCCUGGUCUACUUUGCGAUCUUGAUUGUCCACGGCCUGAUUAACACGUUCCUGGUCAAGCUGAUGGCUAUCAUGAACACGAUCUCGGUCUGGAUCCAUAUCGGAGGCGUUGUUAUCAUCCUGGUCACACUUUUGGUCAAGACCGAGAACAAGGCCUCAGCUUCGUUUGUCUUCACAGAGUUUGUUAACAACACUGGCUGGAGCAGCUCUGUUUAUGUCGUUCUUUUGGGUCUUCUCCAAUCUCAAUUCACCAUGACUGGAUACGAUGCAUCCGCACAUAUGACUGAGGAGACUAAGAACGCAGAUGUUGCUGGACCCGUUGGAAUCCUGAUGGCUGUCGGCGUUUCGUUCGUGGCGGGUCUGGGAUACCUUAUCGCUUUGACCUUCGGCAUCCAGGACUUGGACAAUGUCCUCAGCAGCUCAACCGGCAACCCGAUCACUCAGAUUUUCUUGGAUUCUGUGGGUGAGACUGGAGCGUUACUCUUGCUCGUCAUCCUUCUGCUGGCCCAGUUCUUCUGCGGUAACGCUUCGGUCACAGCCAACUCCCGUAUGAUCUAUGCCUUCUCGCGUGAUGGUGCCAUGCCCGGUUCUAAGUACCUACACAGAAUUCAUCCAACGCUCAAGAGCCCCGUCUGGGGUAUCUGGUUGUCGUGCUUUGUCUCUGCACUGCUCGGAUUGCUCUACCUGGCCAGCUCUGUUGCAUUCUCGGCUAUCACUAGUAUCGCGACUAUUGGUCUUUACAUCUCUUAUGGCCUGCCCACGUUCUGCAAACUUGUCUAUGCGGGUGAUAACUUUGAGCCCGGUCCUAUUACUCUGGGCCGUCUGAGUAAGCCCAUCGGUAUCAUCGCCUGCAUCUGGAUCGUCUUCAUCACAGUCCUCUUUGUCCUGCCUCCCAGCGCACCGGUCACAGCGCAGAGUAUGAACUACACUGUUGUCAUUGUAGCUGCUGCUGCGGUGUACAUCUUUGGCAACUGGUACUUUAAUGCCCGUCAUUGGUUCAAGGGACCUGUGUCGAACAUUGACUUGGAAGACAAUGAGAACGAUUUUGUGGCGGGAUCGCUGAAGAAGUCAGAGGAGAUGGUCCGAGCGGAUAAGGCCGAGUUUGAUGAGAAAGAGAAGGAGGAGAUCAAUUAAAGACGCCUCAAGCGAUAGUAUACAUAGUUCAUGCGUCUCUUCGACGUAUCAGUGUCACCGAAAAUAUCAAGUAAUACUGCCUGUAAUAAAAUUAUCUUAUUGUAUGUAUG